AUGGAGCAGAUGUUGUUACUCAAUACUGAUGGCGUUAGGAAGAAAAUUCUUCACGGUGGUAAUGGCAACCUUCCUACAUUCAAAGAUGGGACCAGGAUCACAUUCCAUUUCCAGACUCUAAUGGAAGACUUUGACAGGACAAUCGUUGAUGACAGCAGGAAAUGGGGGAUGCCUAUGACUCUGAUAGUUGGCAGGAUGUUUAAGCUAGAAAUCUGGGAACUGCUGCUUACUUCAAUGAGGGUUGGAGAGGUGGCUGAGUUCUGGUGUGAUACCAUUCAUUCAGGUAUGUAUGCAUUAGUCUCCAGAGGGAUGCGAAGAAUUGCAGAAGGCAUGGAUCCUCUUGAGGGGCAGAAACAUCGCUGUGGAAUGGGAAGUAUGUUUGACUACCAUUCAACCGGUUACAAAGACUUGGAUGAGUUGCAAAGAAAUCCACAACCUCUUAUCUUCAUUCUUGAACUUCUAAAGGUGGAGGACCCAUGUUCAUAUAAACAAGAUAGUUGGGCUCUAAGUAAAGAUGAGAAGCUACGAAUAGUUCCAGUUCUGCAUAGUGAAGGAAACCGACUGGUCAAACUUAAGCAUUAUAAGGAAGCAGCUGAGAAGUACCAGGAAGCAGUUAUCUGUCUCCGCAAUGUCCAGGCCAAGGAGAAACCCUGGGAUGAAGAUUGGCUGAAGCUUGAAAAACUAAUCAACCCUUUGGUCCUGAAUUAUUGCCAGUGUCUACUGGAGCUCGGUGACUACUAUGAGGUUUUGGAGCACACAUCUGAGAUUCUUACCAAACACCAUGAUAAUGUCAAAGCCUAUUAUAAACGAGCUAAGGCACAUGCUGCAGUCUGGAAUGAAACAGAAGCCAGAGCUGAUCUUCUGAGGGUAGUACAGCUGGACCCCAAGCUCGCCCCUGCUGUAAAAAAGGAGCUACAGCAGCUGAAAGAGCAAAUGCAAGUCAUGCACUUGGAGGAAAAGCAAAGAUAUUCUGGAAUUUUCCAGAAAAACAGUGGAUGCCAAGAAGACUGUACACACAAAGAUGAAAAACUAGAGGUUAACCCAGGAACUGAAAAGCAAUUAGAAGCAAAUAUAUAUACCCAGGAAGAAGAAACAGAGUGUGCUGUGAAGAUUCAAAAUACUUCCAAUGGGAAAGCAGGUUAA